GCGGAGCUGUCAAGCGCCCCCCCCCUCCCUCAUCCACCCCCUCCGCCCCGCUCCGCCCGGGCCAUUUUGCGGCGCGAUGAGGCGGGAGCGGCGGUGAGCAGCGCCCGGCUCUGCCCGCUCCUCGCCUCCGCCGAGAGGAAGGGCAACGAGAGCCUGAGGGAGAGAGAAGGGAGGCAGCCUAGCGAAGGGGCGCCGAGACCCCCGGCGCCCCCCUUUUCUCUCAGCGGAGCCAUGAGUUGGGGCACGGAGCUGUGGGACCAGUUUGACAAUUUAGAAAAACACACGCAAUGGGGUAUUGAUGUUCUGGAAAAAUACAUCAAGUUUGUAAAAGAAAGAACAGAGAUUGAACUCAGCUAUGCAAAGCAGCUUAGGAACCUUUCGAAGAAAUAUCAACCCAAAAAGAACUCCAAAGAAGAGGAAGAGUACAGGUACACAUCAACUAAAGCCUUCCUAGCCACUUUAAAUGAAAUGAAUGACUAUGCCGGACAGCAUGAGGUCAUUUCAGAAAACAUGACCUCUCUUAUCACUGGAGAGUUAACACGCUAUGUGCAGGAGCUGAAACAAGAGAGGAAAUCGCACUUCCACGAUGGCAGAAAGGCACAACAGCAUAUUGAAACUUGCUGGAAACAACUUGAAGCCAGUAAAAGACGGUUUGAACGUGACUGUAAAGAAGCUGAUCGAGCACAGCAAUAUUUUGAGAAAAUGGAUGCUGACAUCAAUGUUACAAAAGCAGAUGUUGAAAAGGCGAGACAGCAAGCCCAGCUGCGACAUCAAAUGGCAGAAGACAGCAAAGCAGAAUAUUGUUCCACUCUACAGAAGUUCAACAGUGAGCAGCACGAUCAUUACUACACACACAUACCGAACAUCUUCCAGAAAAUACAAGAGAUGGAGGAAAGAAGAAUUGUGAGGAUAGGUGAAUCCAUGAAAACUUUUGCAGAGGUCGACCGCCAAGUGAUCCCUAUCAUUGGAAAGUGUCUGGAUGAAAUUACAAAAGCUGCAGAAUCAAUUGAUCACAAGAACGAUUCACAAAUGGUAAUAGAAGCCUUUAAAUCGGGGUUCGAGCCUCCAGGAGAUGUGGACUUUGAGGACUUCACUCAGCCCAUGAAGCGGACUGUCUCCGAAUCCAGCCUUUCAAACUCCAGAGGGGAUGGGAAGUCGGAGCCGAAGUUUGGUGGCAAAUCCAAGGGCAAGUUAUGGCCAUUCAUCAAGAAAAAUAAGCUUAUGUCCCUUUUAACAUCCCCCCAUCAGCCCCCUCCUCCUCCCCCUGCCUCUGCCUCACCCUCUGCUGUUCCCAACGGCCCCCAGUCUCCCAAGCAGCAAAAGGAACCCCUCUCCCAUCGCUUCAACGAGUUCAUGACCUCCAAACCCAAAAUCCACUGCUUCAGGAGCCUAAAGCGCGGGGGAGCUGGGCCAGAAGACUUCAGCAAUCUUCCACCUGAGCAAAGAAGAAAGAAGCUUCAGCAGAAAGUCGAUGAACUAAACAAAGACAUUCAGAAGGAAAUGGAUCAAAGAGAUGCCUUAACGAAAAUGAAAGAUGUGUAUAUCAAGAACCCACAGAUGGGAGAUCCAGCAAGUGUGGACCACAGAUUAGCAGAACUCGGACAGAACAUUGAAAAGCUACGAUUAGAAGUUCAGAAAUUUGAGGGCUGGCUGGCCGAGGUGGAGGGCAGGCUGCCCAUGCGGACUGAACAGGCCCGACGGCAGAGCGGGCUGUAUGAAGCCCAGAACACGUCAGCAGUAAACAGCUGCGCACAGGACCGGGAGAGCCCAGAUGGCAGUUACACGGAAGAGCAAAGUCAGGAGACUGAGAUGAAAGUACCUGCAACAGAUUUUGAUGAUGAAUUUGAUGAUGAAGAACCACUACCGACCAUAGGAACGUGUAAAGCUCUCUAUACAUUUGAAGGUCAGAAUGAAGGAACAAUUUCUGUAGCAGAAGGAGAAAUGCUCUAUGUAAUAGAAGAAGACAAAGGUGACGGGUGGACGCGAAUCCGAAGGAAUGAAGAUGAGGAGGGCUACGUCCCCACGUCGUAUGUUGAAGUCUAUUUGGACAAAAAUGCCAAAGAUUCCUAAAGGUGUUUGUGCUGGUGCAAGAACCUCGGGGCGAGCUUGUCACAGAAGGAGAAACAAAAUGGUCUGUUUACCCUGCAGGCAGUUAAAAUACACCCAUGGAAAGCCAGGCUCCCAGUCUUGUCUGGAGUUCCCACUUGAAAAAUUCAGACCUAAACUCCAUCCCAGUAUCAUUCAGAUGCUUGCUCUUUUUCAUGGCAUGCUACUUGUGGCUCAGAUUAACUUAUCAACCUUCCUUGCUCUUCUGCCAGCUUGGCACAGCCCUUCCAUAAAAAAUAACCAACACUUCCCCCACCCAGUUGCUCCCAAUACUGGUCACAGAACCGCUGGCUGCCCUUUGAUGCGAAGGGUAACCAGGGAGUCCCAAGCAUGUAUUGGUCUGUCUUCUGUCCUCCCUUGUCCCUCAGUCCAUCUGAAUGUACGCACUGGUCCAUCAGCAUUUCACAUGGUGCCUUUAGCGCUAAUCCUGCGGGUAGUUUCAUCAGGUAGCUUGGAAAGGAGGUGUAAUAUACACGGAAAGCCACUCUGGGAACAGUGUUACGGCAGCUGGACUGGACUCUGAAUUUGCGGAUAUUAAACUUUAUCCACAUGCAUUAUUCAAUACUCUGCUUUCCCCAAAAGGUCACUAAUACUUUUCAGCCUUUAUUUUUUUUAAAUCUAGGCUGAUGCUCAUUCCAAGUAUUAAAUCCCUAUGACCUUACUGUUUCCUGAAAGCCUUCAAGCUCACGUAUGUACACUUGCUUUCCUGCUUGUUCUCUCAGCCCUCUCCUCUUUACUCCCCCUUCCUUUCUCCCUCCUCUUCCUCACACACACACAGACACACACACGAACACAGACACUGGUGUUUUGGUUUGAAGCCCCAUUUUGCUCGUCACAAAGACCUCAUUUUGCUCUUGUUUCGGUCUGCAUGCUCGCCCUGUUGCCUUGCCUGCGCCCACCUUCCUGAGGGCCACGUUAUUUUGUGGCUCGUCGUUAAUCUCUUUGCAGUUUUCUUUUGUUGGUUUGUUUUUCAGCAUUUCAGACUUGCCUUCUCUUUUUGCAUGACCUCUUUGUGCGUUCUCAUCAGUUAAUGUUUGAGUAACAGAAUUUUUUUAGAAAAAUAAAAGAGAAGAAAAAAAGAAACCGCACUCUAUUUCGUUCUCCCACCUUGUCAUGGACUGGACCUCGACCCAGAAGCCAGACAGGAAUUGUGACUUACUCCUCAGCCACCCUGUUCCCACGUGGUUUUAUUUGAAGCAGAAGUAGCAUAAUAAGCGAUGCUGUAUGGUAUCAUGUCAUGCAGUGGAGAGAAAGCUUUAAUAUCUCCAAAUACCACAUGAUCUGGACCUAAACUGGCUAAAAAGGGGGUCAAUUGCUUUCUAAACCUCUAUACUAUUAAAGUGUUGGUUUCCCCUGCAUCUUUACUGUUGCUAGGAUAUUACAGUAAUCUUGUACAUGAUUAAGCCCUGUAAGAGUCAGUUGCUCCUAAUAGCUCCUGAGGGCCUAAUUUAUCCAUAAAUCAGCCCAUCAUUUGGGGAAAUCUACUUGCUCUUAGAGAACUUCAGCAUCUCUUGUAAAAUCCCCAGAAUUUGAGAAAAUUGCUAUGGAAGCCGCUCUGGCUAGCAACCCUAAAAUGCAACCUCUCAGGUUUAGUUUGCAGACAAACGUGUGUGCGUGGCGUUUUGCUGCCUGCUGCGCUUUUAUUGCGGGGUCAGCAUACGGAAAUGUGUCCAGGAAUCAUGUGCUCUCCAUGCUGGGGACUGCUUUGGUCUUCCCCACUCAGGAUGAAGUAACUUUUGAAUUAGUUUCAUGUUGUCUUCAUGACUUUGUCCCUUUCUCUCCAUUCAGGAUACCGAUUUUUGUUUUCAGUAGCACAAAGUCCCUCAGUCCUACAGUUAGUACUGUAGCUGUCGUAUUAUGGUGCUUAAUACCUGUGAGCAUCAACCAGCAAAAGGUUACGUUUUUUAAUCUAAUUAAAGGGGCUCAGGAGCCUGCACCCUUGAGCAGGCACUACCAGCACUGACACCUCAGCUACAGUGUUACCGGAGUCGGAAGGGUCAUCCCCAAGGGAAUUGCCAUCCUUAUUGCUGCUACCGUAGUCCCUUAACUGCUUAGAUCCACGAGCCUCUGAUAGCCUCGGCACCUGUGGCUUUGGCCAGAGGUCCGUGACAGCAGUGCGAAGGCUUCGUUGCAUUGCACAGCCAACGUACAUCUAUCAGGGGAUCUAAAUGGUUAAGCAGUUAACAGGCGUGCAAGAAUAUCUUUAAAAUAUUUUAGCUGCAGUAUUUUUAUUCUUGCGUCCAAUGCACUGUUGAAUCAGCAGCUAGGAGAAUUCGUUUUCACCUAUUGUUGUGCCAUCUAUGUAAAAAUUAGAUAAAAGUUUGCUUUUAUAUAUUUAAUCUAGGUGGACAGUAUAUUAUUGUCAGCCUCUGUGGAACAUUUGAACAAUUGCAAUGUCUGUGUCGCUAAAUAGCGCUUUAGAAGGAGCAUUAGCUUUAGCUGCCUGGUUUUCUUUGAACGUUUUAAUGAAAAGGCCAGAGUUUACAGAGUUUUUAUAAACUUGGCAAGUAGUUCCCAAAUGCCUGGAUCUUAAAACUAAAUACAAGAAAAAUUAGUGACAGUCACGUAUGGUAGCCUACACAUCUUUAUUCUGCUGCCUUUAUUCAGGGUAAAGAAUGGGUAAUUUUUGUUGAGUUUACCUUUUACAGAAUCUGAAGGACUAAAUAUGUGACUGGCUUAUAAAAACUCUGCUUGAAUUUACUAAUCCUGCCCAGAACUGCGGACUGUACAGCCUACAAAAUCACAUUGUCCUCAGCAAAAGUCUCUAAUGCCCUUUCUUAACAUCUGUAAAUAGAGAAGAAACAUAUUUACUGAUACGGAAAGUUGUGUUUAAUGCUGAGUAUUUUUCAGAGGUUCAUUUAGUUUGAUGCAUAUUGUUUGUUUGUUUUUUCCUGCCUGAAGUGUCAAAAGACCUAAAAAGAAGCCAAAUUCUAUUUUAACAUGAUGAUGUCGAGCACUUUUUUUAUUUGUAUAUGUGUGUGUAUGUGUGUUUGAGCACUGAUCUCUAGAUUUUGGUGGCAUCUCAGUGUUGUGAUUUCAUUGCCAAUGUAAAAGGUUCUGGUGUUGCCCAUUCAUUUCUGGAGACAGAAUUCAACUUAAAUAAAGUGCUUCCAUUUGAAAGCGAAUAUUGACCUUGUAACAAUGAAAGGAAAGUCAUCCGCAUAUUUAAAUAAACAUUUAAUUCC